AUGACACUAGGAGAUCCUUAUUUUGAUUGUGGAAGAACAUUAUAUGUGGACAAUCGGUACUCAAGUGUUGAACUAGCUGAAAAACUAAAAACUAGACAAACCCAUCUAGUAGGCACCAUCAGAUCGAACAGAAAAUCCAAUCCUAAAGAAGUAAUAAAAAAAAAGUUGAAAAAAGGAGAGGUUGAUUCAAUGAGGAGUGAUACAAAUGUUUUAAUAUUAAAAUGGAAGGAUAAAAGAGACUUAUAUAUGAUAUCCACAAAACAUAACAGUGAAAUGAUUGAAGAACGUAUAAGGGGUAAAAUUGUAAAGAAGCCAAAAGUAGUGAUUGACUACAAUAUAGGAAAGACAUAA